GGAUCUAAAUAAUCGGGCUUACACCUCACUAUUUGUGAUAAGCCCAUAACUACAAAACCCUACUUUAUAUUCACAAACCUUCCCGCAGCGAAAACCCUUUGCAUUUGCAGUGUCAUUCACUUCCUCCCUCGAGAUGGGUGAAGAAGUGAAAUCUAUUGUUCCUGAGUCUGUGUUGAAGAAGCAGAACAGGGAAGAACAAUGGGCUUUGGCUAAAACUCAAGAAUCUGAAGCUUCUAAGAAGAAGAGAGCCGAGAACCGUAAGCUGAUUUACAGUAGGGCUAAGCAGUAUUCUCAGGAGUAUGAGGAUAAGGAAAGAGAGUUGAUUAGUUUGAAGCGCGAGGCUAAGCUGAAAGGUGGAUUUUAUGUUGAUCCAGAGGCCAAGCUCUUGUUUAUUAUUCGCAUCAGAGGUAUAAAUGCCAUGGACCCCAAGACAAGAAAGAUCUUGCAACUAUUUCGAUUGAGACAGAUUUUCAAUGGUGUUUUCCUUAAAGUUAACAAAGCAACAAUGAACAUGUUGCACAGGGUUGAGCCUUAUGUGACUUAUGGAUACCCUAACUUGAAGAGUGUAAGGGAACUCAUCUAUAAGCGAGGGUAUGGAAAGCUAGACAGGCAGCGAACUCCUCUCACUGACAACUCCAUCAUUGAGCAGGGACUGGGAAAGCAUGGUAUCCUAUGCAUUGAAGAUCUUAUCCACGAGAUCUUGACUGUUGGACCACAUUUCAAGGAAGCAAACAACUUCCUUUGGCCAUUCAAGCUCAAAGCUCCAUUGGGUGGCUUAAAGAAAAAGAGGAACCACUAUGUUGAAGGUGGUGAUGCUGGAAACCGUGAAAAUUACAUCAAUGAGCUCAUCAAAAGAAUGAAUUAAACUAUUGCAGUGUUUAAUCAUUUUAGGGGCAAUUGAUAUUUUUUUGUUGGCUUUAGAUCAAGAUCAUUUGGGCAUCUGAAAUUUUGGAAAUAACACAUUUUACUUUUAUAAAUUGUUUGUUGUGCAAAGUCUGAAUUGGUUUGUCAUAUUUUAUGAGACUCAUAAGUUAUAUUUCUAUCUUAAUACUUAGCUA